AUGGCGCCGACGCGUGAGGAGCGCCAAAAGUGUUGGGAUGCCCGUGACACCUUCUGGAAGUGCAUAAAGUCCGUCUACGCUGACGAGAAAAACAAGGUUCCCGACGAACUCUCCGCCACCGUGAAGACGGCCAAGUGUCUCAAGGAUCGGCAGGCCUACGAGGCCGUCUGUCCCGAGUCCUGGGUUAGAGGCAACUCAUCUUAUAGACCUUUCCAUGCACUUUUCGUUUACAGCCUUCCCGGGAUAGAAGCUACGGAUAUCCAUUUGCUAGCUGGGGUCAUAGCAUGAACUGCAAGAGCAACGUCGAUGGGCGAGUGACAGGGGACCUCAGUCCGCCAGGCCAGUAUCGCCGUUUGUACUUCUCGCUGGCUUAUAUGCGCCUCGCCCGUGACCGUCCAUGAGGGCACUCGGCUGAAGUUAAACGGAACACAGUUUUGCAAUGCUAGAGGGGCGCUGACCGAUUGUUUUUACGGAACUCACUCGUCCCGUUGCGUCUUAGGGCUCUCUCUCUCUCACUCAAUUCGAAAACUGAAAAGCACAAUAUGGCCACAAGAAAUUGGAUUUUAUUUAGCUUCUAACUGGCCAGAUCCGGAUAAAAUUAAGCGUUCAUUGGAUAUCGCAAUUUUGUCAGACAGACUCUUUAUUCCCCUCCAUCUGGAAUCCACCAGAUGGCUACCAAACUGACGUCAUUAAUACUUGGAUCAUAAUGAAUUAUUAAAAAUCUGUCAACACAGCUAUUAAUCACGUGAACCCUGUAGUCAUCUGGUGGAUUCUAAAUGGACUACCUAAGAAAUCCUUUUUGAGCCAGAAAUUGCCAUUCAAGUCUCCCUUGUCUUUGUCGGCGAUGCUAUUCUGCCUACAGACUUGCAGUUAGAUCAAGCCAUCGCAUUUCACUUCAUCGUGAUUUCGAACAUUCCCAGUCGCUGGCGGUUCGACCGUCUCCAGAGACGACGUGUACCGCGUGCCCCACAAAGUUGGCCGAACACCGCGGACUUGCCCAGUCCUCAUCCACUCGGCUCCGAUAGCUGUGAAAUGUCGAGACUACCAGAGAUGGUGGCGUGCGCAGUGGAUGACAAGAUUGAACAGCCUCUCUACACGUGCCACGCACACGAUCCAGUUCUCACUAAAUGGGUCAGUCUUUCGCGAGGCCGAUUCGGAUGUCGCGCCUUUGAGAAUGCCACAUUGAGAAGAAGUCACUGCCACCCGACUUCUAGUCCUUCAGCCACAGAAAUACCCCGAGCACCGAGUUAUUCCCUCACUCAGCACCUUUAAAACACAAUGAGCAGCGAGACUUGGUUUCUUAAACCGGGCCUUUUUAGUCCGGGGUUGGGAUGUGCUUGACUAAGUACAACAAAUUGGCCGACGUUUUGGCAGAUUUUGAAUAUUUAAUAUUGGCCCAACUAUGAAAAACAGCGCCUCGGUGGGAUUCAAACCCAAAACACCAAGGACGACGCUUUAGUUUAGUCAACGCUCUAGCUGCGAGGCUCCAGUGGGAGACAUGAGUUUAAUCACUUGAGCCUGGCAGUCAUCUGGUAGAUCCUAGAUGGACUACUUAGGAAGUCCUGCUUGGGCAGUCAACUUACUGUAUCAGAUUUGGUGGAUUUCAGACGUUGCAGCAGGUUAAGCGAGUAAGUUGGCUCAAAUGAGGUUAAACUGACGUCUCUCGGUGGGACAUCGUAGCUCAGGUGGUUAGAGCGCUGGCUGUACUAAGGACUCAUCUCGCUGUCGUGGGUCCGAAUCCAACCGUGGCGCUGAGUUUUCCACAAUUGGGUCAAAAUGAAUGAAUUAGUUGACACUGUCAUCCCGCCCUCAGUACUAGAAGUGUCUAAUCACAACAAAGCGCAAAAUCUGGCUACAUGGAAGACAAUAGAACCGCGACUCUUCCUCAGCAGUUCAGCUUCAGCACCCUCGGUUGUAUGGGCCUAAAUCGGUCGCUGUUGUCUUCUGUAGACUGUGAUUAUUUUUCGCAGAUAGUGACCACGGUAGAGUAUGUAACCGAAGUCGCCAUCACUGUAGACACCACCGAGUGAUUUUCUGCAGCAUUUUUAUAGGGCCAGAAUGGGAGCGGGGAUAGGCUGUCCAGACCGGAUUAUCUGUUGUUAUGCUUGAUCCUGUCGGCACUGGACAGGAGUACUUAGAUCAGAAUGAGAUCCCUUCUCAUGGAAGCAAGGGUGCCGCUGUUACUGUCCGAAAUCGGCCUGCGGCGAUCUAUGCUUGUGCCUAUUGAUUUUGUUCCAUCGUCGUACACCAAGUCACCACUCUUUGAAUUUUCGGUCUGCAAAUCAUUUCUGGAGUCGCAUUAUAUGUAGCUCGUAAGGUGCCCCCCCCCGCGGACAGGAAUGCUGAAUUGCCGAUGAACCGUCGAACUGACUGAAAUGAGUUUCGGUUUUUGUUUGUAAAAAACUUGCGUAUGUAGCCACACAUUUUGGGGCAUAGGCAAAUUAACACACUCUACGAUCGCGUGACCCCGCAGUCCCCGCAAAGGUUACUCCACGCAACUUGCCGCUUAUCCUCAAGUUCCGGCUUUUGAUCUCAUAUUUCUCACAAUUAGCGGGAUUAUAUCACUGUCGCCGCUCCUGCCUUUUCAAAAUCUGUCGCCUCCGUCCAGAACCGAAAACGUUUAGCGUCCUUCCUUGCAAACCAGAUUUGUAAGCCGUAGUUGCAUCUUCCGCAGGGGAAACCGGCCGACGGCUGCAAACGCGUAUGCACGAGCAUAAGUUGGCCGUACGAAGGUUGGACCCAAAGUCGGAGGUAGCAACCCAUACCGCUCAAAUGGGACGCAUCUUCAACUUUGACGCCGUUGCGAUUGUAGGCCGGGGCGGUUAUCGUACGGCAAGGAGAGUGCAAGAAGCCAGGAUGUCCACCGACUGCUCUGUAAACCACCACAUCAAUUUGUUUCCCCCCUAUCUGAGUUUAUUAACCUUCUUAACGGACGACAGUCACGGCGCGGGACAAUCGGGGCCGUCAGUCAUCUCCGCGGCGGACGGGGGCGAUUUCUGGUCACGGUGACACGCCGGUUGGAUGCAGUCACACAGGCGGCAUUGGCGGGUCACGCAUUGAACAAGAUGCGCCACAUAAGGGGAGCUGUGCGCAGGACUUUGCAGUCUCUGAAGAUAGGUAGACGAAUCAAUUACUUGCUUUGCUUAUCUUUGAUAUAUCCUGUGCAGUUUGUAUACCGGGUAUUUUUGUUGUAAUGAACAGCCAGCGUACCCUCUCCCGUAUACGGAACAGGGCACUUAACAUAGUCCCCCCACCCUCCCACGUCAGACGAUCUGACAUACACUUGAAGUCGUCUGUCCAGUAGAAUCAUGCUGCUGUUGCUGCUUUUAUCACGUUAAGCAACCGCACAAAUCCAAUCACCCUAUUUCUUUCCCUCUCUCGUGUCUUUAGAUCAAAAUGUUUGACAGGCAACAUGACUUCCAACUUUUCCGAUCCGAAAAAGCAGAGGCAGAGCUGAUAGAGGCCGCCAAGUCGGCGUAG